AUGGGUUUAGGGAUGUUGUACUUCGAUGGUCGCGUCGUCGACGACGAUGGACGGCCCCUGCUGGAAUCCGAUGACGACGAGGAGCUGAUGCAUGUUGAGCCUGGCGUCGCCAUCGCCCUCGGUUCCCGACCCAUGGAGUCGCCUGGAACUCUCUACGUCACCUCAAGAUGUGAGUGGAUCCUGCAGGAGGGAGAUUUGGCUGAGCAACGCCGACAAAGGGAAAAUGUAUGCGGUGGAUUUCUUGUCGUUGUCCCUCCACGCUGUGUCAAGGGUCCUGGAGACUACCCCUUUCCUUGCAUCUAUACUCAGAUCGAGAUAGGUGAUGAAGAUGAAGAGUCUGAAAGCUCAGAUUCAGAAAGUAAUGAUGAUUUGGAAUUGUCAAAAGUAACUGAAAUGAGACUUCUUCCUUCAGAUGCUAGAAAGUGUGUUGCUGAAUCUUUUGUGGUCAACUUUCUAUUUAAUGCUAUUAUGAGUGUGUUUGUCAAAGUAGGAAAGAAUCUGAUGCAGUUGGCAUUGCUUCAUCAUGGAUUUUAG